AGAGAGACUUGUCAAAUGUAACUCACAUAGUCAGACCUUUCAACAAUGGAACAACUUUUCCGGUUUUCCCUUAUAAAUACGUUACUUCCCCCUCCUCCAAUACCUCACUUCUCACUCCCUUCUCCCCACUCUUAUUACCUCCUCUCUUAUUCCCAACAAAAUGACUUGCUCAGAUUCACUACUUACAUCACCCUCCGUCACAAUCGUAUCAAAAUCAACUGUUGUUCCGGCGGAGCCUUCAUCCAUGGCGGAUUUGAAACUCUCUGUUUCCGACCUCCCUAUGCUUUCUUGCCAUUACAUCCAGAAAGGAGGUUUGUUUACUCGACCUCCUAUGAAUUCAUCGAAUUUGAUUUCAAUUUUGAAAAAUGGCCUUUCAAUUGCUCUUACUAAUUUUCCUGCUUUAGCUGGCCGAUUUGUAACCGAUUCUCUCGGUUACGUUUUCAUUACUUGUAAUGAUGCUGGUGUUGAUUUUGUUCAUGCUACUGCGAAGAAUGUUUAUGUUCGUGAUAUUCUCUCUCCUACCGAUGUCCCUGACAUCGUGAAGGAAUUUUUUACUUAUGAUCGGACUGUGAGUUAUAAAGGUCAUUUUCAGCCAUUAAUGGCAGUUCAAGUUACUGAAUUAGCUGAUGGAGUUUUCAUCAGUUGUGCGAUGAAUCAUUCUGUUACUGAUGGUACUUCUUUCUGGAAUUUUUUUAAUACUUAUGCGGAAAUUUGUAGAGGAGUUAAAAAGAUUACGAAAUCGCCUGAGUUUAGUCGAGAUUCUAUUUUGAUUUCUCCGGCAAUUUUGACUGUUCCUGAAGGAGGUCCUGUGGUUACCUUCAAUGAAAGGGAGCCAUUAAGAGAGAGAAUUUUUAGUUUUACUAGGGAAGCUAUUUUGGAUUUGAAAUCUAAGGUGAACAAUCGGAAAUUUUCGACGGUUCAUCCUUCCAUUGAAUUCAUUGGGAAACAGAGUAAUGAUCCUUAUAAUGACGGCAAAAUGACGUCGAAAAUUGAAAAUUGGAUUCGAAACGCAGUGAACGUUUCGAAACCUCAAAGCUUAAACGAAACGGAAACCAUGGCGGUUGAGAUUUCGUCAUUUCAAUCUCUAAGUGCUCUUCUAUGGAGGUGUGUAACCCGCGCUAGAAAACUUGAUCCAAGUAAAACGUCGACGUUUCGUAUGGCAGUUAAUUGCCGCCAUAGAUUGGAACCGAAAUUGGACCCACUUUAUUUCGGAAACGCUAUUCAGAGCAUCCCAACCGUUGCUGUAAUGGGAGAUCUUUUAUCAAAUGACUUACGGUGGGCCGCGGAGCAGCUGAAUAAAAAUGUUAGAGAUCAUGGAAACGACACCGUUCGGAGGUGCGUUGCGGAAUGGGAGAGUAAUCCGAGGACUUUUCCAUUGGGUAAUUUUGAUGGGGCAAUGAUUACAAUGGGUAGUUCGCCCCGUUUUCCUAUGUAUGAUAACGAUUUCGGGUGGGGAAGACCCGUUGCUGUAAGAAGUGGAAGUGCAAAUAAAUUUGACGGGAAGAUCUCCGCUUUUCCUGGUCGAGAUGGUGGCGGUAGCGUUGAUCUUGAGGUGGUUUUGGCGCCUCAGACGAUGGCAGGUCUUGAAUCCGACCCGGAAUUUAUGCAAUUUGUUUCAAGUUGUUAGGUGAUUUUAUGAUUUGAAUUGUAAAUUGAUGGGUCAUCGGGUUUAAUGGGUGAAUUGAUAAGAGAUGACGGUUUUUUAUUUUUUAUUUUUUAUUUUUAUGCAAUAUUUAUGUCUUACUUAAUUAAUUUUCUAUUGUGAUAUAAUUCUAAUUUUAAUUUUCAAUUUUCAUAAUUAAUACAAAAAAUUUAUGUCAUCAGGGUUGUUUAGUGAUUAUGUUUGGCCAAAGCUAGACGGGUUUGAGGGAAUUGUUGCUCUUCGGUCUAAACACACGCUUUUGCAUUUUUAAUGCAUUCUUUUUAAUAAUUUAUAAUGUGAUAAUAUAUGGAUAGAUUUAAUGUCAAAAAAUUAAAUAAAAUUCAGCAGCCCAAGUGGUAAAAUACAACUUGAUGUCUAUUGUGAUGUUUUGCUAUUAGUUAAACGACAUUAUUGUAUUUUAUAUCCUCAAACAACACUUAUUGGUAUCUAUUCUAUUAAUUGAACAAAAUGUUA